AAUCUUUUAACUCACGCCGCAAGUAAACACAACUUACUAAUCCCUGCUCCCCUUCAGACGAGGUUAGUUUGAUUAUUCACAACUCUGAGAAAUGACCACUAUCAAAGCCAUUUGCUGUAUAGGUGCUGGAUAUGUUGGCGGCCCGACUUGCAGUGUCAUCGCGUUAAAAUGCCCGGAGAUCAAAGUAACUGUAGUCGAUUUAAGUAAGCCGCGAAUUGACUCAUGGAAUUCGGAGAAGUUACCGAUCUUCGAGGUAAGUGAGCGAACUAUAUUUAAUUUUGGAUGUUGUGGAUGAAUUUUUACGUCUUAUGAAUAAUUUUUUUUUUCCUGUUCUGAUUCGUUUUCACAGCCCGGUCUUGAUGAUAUUGUAAAGAAGUGUCGUGGCAAAAACCUGUUCUUUUCAACAGAUAUCGACAGCGCCAUUCGUGAAGCUGAUUUAAUAUUCAUCUGUGUGAGUAUUGAUCGAUAAAAAUCGCUUAUAUGCGAGUAUCCAUUCAUUCAUUUGAAACACUAAUUGUCAUUUCGGCAAGAUAUGAGCCUGGCUUCUUUGGCCGAACAAAUUAAUUAAUCGAACUCAGUUCUUCCUAGUAAUAUAAUGUCUCCAUUCAUUUGAUACGUUUUAGGUUAAUACACCAACGAAAACCUUCGGAUUGGGAAAGGUAAGCUUUUCAAAGAUAUGAACUUCUUUCAUUCUAAAAUUAAGUUGUUACAGAUUAAAAUAAUAGCUUCGUAUAGACAAAAUGUUUUGUUUCAACACUAAUUUUUUGAUGUGAAUUAAAUAUUCAUGUAAUUUUAUUACGUGGUCAAGUAUUAGGAGAGUUUCCUUGUGCCGUAUAUGUCUUCAAGUACCAGGGAUUGCUCUAUUCUAUGAAUUUUUUCGCCACAAAUUCUGUCGCCAUAGAAAUAAAGACUGGUUUCGUGGAAACGAUAUCUUUUAAUGAAUAAAAACAUUGCAUAAUUAGCGGUGGCCUGCAAAGUAAUUGUAGUCGACUGACAAAAAAAAACAUCAAUUGGUCGACAACUGAUAAAGUUGGUUUAUAUUGUUAUGUAAAGUUUCCAAUGAGGGUAUUGUACUUUAUGUAGAUUGGAGUCAAAUGUUUGAACUUUCAAGAAUGCUGUGCUAUUGUUGUCACUUCUCUGAACAGCUAAAUAAAUACAAAACAUUCUCAGUUGCUGGCGCCAUGGUCGAGUGGCUUCCGGAAUCGAAUAUAUUAAUUUAAAAUAAAAGCUGUUUGGUUGAUGCUAAGAUGUUUGUCACUGGACAUACAUUACAUUGUGUCUUUUUGUAGAUACUGAAAAGAAAAAAGAUAGAUGCAUCUUUACUUUUAUGACCCUUAAGAAAAUUUUGAUAAUAGCCUCGAGCGAUCUAAUUGAAAACUAAAAACUAAAGAGUAUUCAAUUAUGAGUUCCUAUCGAAGGUACUAAGAGCCCUGUCGUGAUUUUGAGAAUUUGCAUACUAAUUUAUUGUUUUGUUCAAUUUAUUGCCAAAACAAUUCUUCAUGAUUGCUUUUCUUUUUUUCUUUCUUUUUUUGGAAGAAGGAAAAUUUGCUAGAAUGUCAAUAAAUUGUAUUUGCAUAUUGUACUUGUAAUACUUGGUUAUGGCAAGAUUUUCCCAUCCAUUUAUAGUUGCACUCUUUGGAUAAGAUAUUUUUGUUUUUCAUGAUACUGACUUGUUCAUUUUCUUGAUGAUGUAAUAUUACCGGAAGCAAUGAUCUAUUCAUGACAGUUCAAGAGAACUGGUUCACUUUGUAUUAAUAUAACCCUUCAACCCAUUUAUAUAUUUUUCCCUCCUAACAAUAUCACCCCUAAAUCAAAUAUUAAGGUCAUGAGAACAAAUGAAAUGAUCACCAACUGAAGAAGCUCUUGAUUGUUGUACAAAUUCUGCUUGUUAGCACCUUAGAAAAUGAAUGGAAAGUAUGUAAACUGAUGUUAGGGUGCUAAGGAGUACCUAUUAAUAGCAAAUUCAAGAAAGUUCUGAACACUAUUUGAUCAGUAAAAGGAAUUUGAAAAAUUACCUUCUUAAUAAACACUUUUUCUAACAAAAAGCAAUAUUCACUUCUCACUUAUCCAUGAACUGUGCAUUAGGGCCGUGCUCCAGAUUUGAAGUACAUAGAAUCUGCGGCAAGACACAUUGCAGAGAUUGCUGAUGGAGAGAAGAUUGUUGUGGAAAAGAGCACAGUACCUGUUAGGGCUGCUGAAAGGUAAUAAGAACUACUACUAUAUUCAUACUUGUUACCAAAGGUCGGCACACACAAGGGGACUAAUCUCUAGUUGUAUUUACAUGCAGGAACCAAUUGCAUAGGGAAAUAGCAAAAGCUGGGGGGCAAACAGUAUCGUUCUUUCACUCUGCGGCUUUCUUAAGAAACCAAAAUGAAAAUAGCAAUCAGCUUAGUACAAACCACAGAUUUUUCAGCAAAAUUAUUCAGUGCUUGAAUUGUUUCUGAUUCAGUGCGGAUGUAAGCGGAAAAUAACACUUUGUUACCGAUCAGAUGUGGCCAAUACAGAAACAAAAGCACUUUAUUUCUCAAACUUUGGAAUUGGGGAGGUAGUACUUUGUUGGUUUUGCUUUUAUUGCUAGUAUCUUCAUGAUUUUUGUCCCAGAGUUCUCGACUUUUUUUGUAAAAGUCGAUCAGCAUUCUGGUGGAAGUGACACUUCAAGCAUCAUCAUCCUCGUGAUCCGCCAUCUUGAAACAGAGUUUGUAAGGAGUUGUCAGAGCUAGUGAUACCAAUCUGUGAUUGGUAUAUUUUAAGUUGGUCGCUGGGACUUGUCCCACAAACAGUUUACACAAAGCAUUUCGAGGAACAAGUUACAAGGACUUGUCCUAAAAAUUCAAACUAGUUUGAAUUUGUGAGACUAGUCACAGGGACCAAAUUUUAGUCCCUGCAACUAGAUUUCGUGGCAAAAAUGGGUAGUACACACAAUGAGACUUGUCCCUGUGACUUGUUGUUAUCUCUGGGUUCAAUUAGAGGAGGAACAUUUCAAUUCCAACAAACUUUUUAAUUUAGCAAGCCAUACGGUGAAAUACAGUUCAUUCAACUUACCAAUCGCAGUGCAUGGACUAACUGAGAGAUAUAAUUAAAGUAAUUCUCUGGCGGGUGUUUUAUAAAUAUGUAUGUAUUCAGACCAAGGUACCUGAUUGUUGAGUACUAUGGUGGGAAUGGAGAAAAAGACACAGUUAUCAGAUAAUUAAACUUUUUUUUUCCUUAGUAUUACAAGAAUUUUUGAUGCAAAUGGAAGUAGAGGAAAAUUCCAGGUUUGAUUUGAACUUCUUAGCUUGUCAUCAAAUUGUUUUCAUAGAUAAUAAUACUAACAAUUACAAUGGUUGAUGAUGAUGAUGAUAAUGGUGAUAAUAAUGAUGAUGAUAAAGAUGAAGCUGUUCAUUAUUUUCUGAUAAUAGUUAUAGUAAUGACAAUGAAGAUAAUGAAAGUGAAAGUGAGAGUCGAAGGAUGGUGAGAAUUAAUAUGACGGUGAUGAUAAUACUGAGAUGUAUUUGAACAAAAGCUGUUAAGAAGAAAAUGCCUCCCCUUCCUUGUAGGUUUUAUCCAAUCCAGAGUUUUUGGCUGAGGGUACAGCUAUCAAAGACUUGAUGGAACCUGAUAGAGUUCUGAUUGGUUAGUAUAAUUACACUUCCAUUACUAUUUUGAUUGAUUUACCUUGUACAUAGUUCAACUCCUGUUUAUUUGACCUUUGAUAAUCAGCAUCAUGAUGAUUGAGGUUUUUUUAAUACAUGGCUUCCUCACUCUGUUUUCUAGGAGGUGAACAAACUAGAGAAGGAUACAAAGCAAUCGAAGCCUUGUCAUCAGUUUAUGAACACUGGAUUCCCAAAGAAAAUGUUAUCAAGACCAACACAUGGUCAUCUGAGCUUUCAAAGCUGGUUGGUAACUUUGUGUUUUGAUUGCACUACAUGUAUGAGUGUUGAUGGGCAAAAUAUUUUGUUGAAAUGAAAACACAAGUGGACAUUGUUCCUUGCAGGCAGCCAACGCUUUUCUAGCCCAGCGAAUCUCCAGUAUCAAUGCCAUGAGUGCCAUUUGUGAAGCAACUGGUGCAAAUGUGUCUGAAGUGGCAAGUGCAAUUGGACGAGACACAAGGAUAGGAAGACACUUUUUGCAAGCCUCUGUUGGUAAGAUCUAAUGAACAACUACAUUUUUCAACUUGGGAUAUUACGUCUCUAGUGUUCUGAUUGGUUCUCUCAGCUUGGGUUAUCAGCUCAUAUUCCAAGUCACCUUGUAUGCAACAUUUUGGAAGCUUACAAUUUUUUGCUGAAAUAUUCAAAAGUUCAGGAAUGAAUGAAAUUUAAUAAAACAAUUAUGCCAUUCACACUUGUUGGAUAGGAGAUUGGCUAUUGCCAACUUGCCACUAUGCACUUCAUCACCUAGUUACUAUCUCAUAUCCCAUGCAUGCUUGUGGAAUAGUUGUUAAACAACUGAGAUACUAUGCAGAUCCCAUAGUUAUUUUAUAAAUUGCAAUAGACCACACUUUAUAUGAGUUUACCAGUAUAAUAACCAUGCGGGACGUAAUGACAGAACACUUCAAAUGUUUGUAAAUCGCAAGCCAGAGGUGAGAGUAUUUCUUUUUUUUUUUUUAAUGAUAGGUUUUGGUGGAAGCUGUUUCCAGAAGGAUGUUCUCAAUCUUGUUUACCUUUCUGAGGCACUGAACUUGCCUGAAGUUGCAAACUAUUGGUACCAAGUAAUUGCCAUGAAUGAGUAUCAACGACGGCGAUUUGCAAGUAGAAUUGUGAAUUGCCUGUUCAACACAGUGACAGACAAGAAGAUUGCACUGCUUGGAUUUGCCUUCAAGAAGAAUACUGGAGACACUAGGUAAGCCCUAUAAUCAUGUCAUGUACAUUUCCUGACUUCCCUGACUGGUUACAUUUAAUUGACAAGGCUGAUUAUAGACUGAGAAAGUCAGUACUUAGCUUUGUUGAUUUUUUUCAUUGACAGAGAAUCAGCCAGCAUUUACAUCUGCAAAUAUCUGAUGGAGGAAGGGGCAAGGAUAACCGUUUAUGAUCCCAAAGUCGAAAAAGAUCAAAUCAUGUUGUAAGUAUGAUAAAAUUUCUCUUUAAUAAUUCAUGCAGUUUUCAUCAUUUGCUCUUAUGUUAGUAGAAUUUACAAUCUUACGGACUUAUUUUAGAUUUUGAUAAAUGAUUGUAUUACUGUUAUUUUUGCAGGGAGUUAACCCAGCCUUCUAUUUCAGAAGAUCCAGAAAGAGGUACCAAUUUUUUUACCAGUUUCAUUAUUCAGCAUUAUUUCAUGGAAUUUAACAAAUAAAUAAGCAGAGACACUAGAAUUUUGCAGAGGCACUGCUCUGAGGUGGCUCUUCGUCCAUUGUUUCCACGUUAAAUUGAAAGUUGGGGUGUGUGAUCUUAUCCUCUUCACAUGCAGAUGCGUCAACAUCACUCUGAUCCCAACAGUAUGCAGGACACUUGUUACAUCUUAUGCCCUCGACCUUUUGUGAUUAGCAUCUAAUUUCUCACCCCUGAAUCAAACAUUAUGGUCACAAGAAUAAAGGAAAUGAUCACCAGCCAAAUGAGCUCUUGAUUUUUGAACAAAUUCUCCCUGUCUGCUACCUAAGGAAAUGUAAGGAAAACAGUUUGGAGAAUAUGCAUACUGAUGUGAGGGUAUAAAAAGAUUUACAUAGUAAUGGCCUAGUGUUCUCUGCUGCUCAGUGGUAGAGCACCAGAGAAAAAACUGCAAAGAUCUGUAGUUUCAUUCUUCGUGAGGGAAACAGAUGUUUUCUUUUCCCCAUGCAUGGGGCAAAACAAAUAACAGCUUUCUUUAUUAAUUUUUUUUUUCUCUCCGCAGUGGAACGUCUGAUUACAAUUGCUGAUGAUCCCUACAAGGCAGUUAAAGAUGCACAUGCUCUUGUUGUUUGCACCGAGUGGGAUGAAUUCAAGGUUUGUGUUUUCUUAUUUUCUAGAUUCUUCAUUACAAGCCUGAAAUUAUAUUUUCGUGUGGCUCCAAAUGGUUUGCUGUCUCAGACACCCGUUCUAUAUUGAUUGUUAGGACUAAAGUCUGUCUAGUGUUUCCCAGAAUGGGCAUAAAAUGGUCCCCAAAAAAUUGCUCACAAAACAAGAUAUGUACAUUUUUACUUAGGUUACUAUGGCAUCACAACAGUCUGUUAUAAAAAAUACCCUUCAGUUAAGCUUGAAAACUAAUUCAACGCAAGGGAUUCCGAAAUGCCUAUUGAUGUUGCUUUCAACGUACAAAGUCUGAUGCACAGUCAUCAUUUCUUUAAGUUUUUAGGCGAGCCGAAAUCGCGCGCGAAUAAAAUAAUGUACCUUUUUCCCGCUUUUGCUACACCUCUCGCGCGUGACUCACCCCUCGUGUUUCCUCGCGCUUGUCUCUUAUCUUAUACCCAGAACCCUCUUUAGUGGGCGAUUUAGCUUGCCUCCGAAUGCAAAAAACACCUGUCAAGCAAAGCCAUGUUAACAUGCUAUCGUUUGUACUUCUUCAUUUCCACAGACGUACGAUUACAAGCGUAUAUACGACAGCAUGCUGAAACCAGCGUUUGCCUUUGACGGCCGAAUGAUUCUGGAUCACUGUCACCUACAUGAAAUUGGUUUCCAAGUCGAGACGAUCGGAAAAGUUGUAUCAUCUGGGUACAUGCUACCACUGACUCCCCCACUAGCUCCCCCUAAGGAGGAGAAAUGAACUGAUCCCUCUGGGGAGAAGUUGAGGACUUAAUGUGUAUCUAACAGUAACAGUAAACGUAUUUGUUAUUUUUAAAUUAUUAUUUAUCAGUAGAAUUUGCACCGUACUCCAAACUACAUUCUUUAUUUUUAAGAAAUUGACCUUUGGGGGCAGCUGGCAAACUCGAACUCUCGAGAAAUUGUAACUGGACACCAAAGCAUUACAAUAAGUGGCUCAUUGCCCAAGCGAAACAGAGUUUGAAGAUGGGAAUUUCGGAAGGGAUGUUACACUGCGAGAAUGUAUUCGUAUUUCUGCGCACCGAAGACAAUCCAAACAUUUUCCUGCUCUGCUGUAUCUUGAAAUAUUCAAGUAGCUCUUAAAAUUAAGAUUUGAAAGCGGAAUGCAUUUUUACUCUUUAUUCGUUGUAAAACAAUACACAGAUAAACAGGAACAGAGAAUUUUCUGUACAAGUAUAAACUUAAUAACUUAAUUCAAAGUACGCAGAUCACAAGACGAUAAAAAUAUUUUGAGUGUACUUAGCUUAGAGUAUAUUUUUGAAAGAUCAUGUACUUCUAGCAAUAUUGGAAAUAAUAUUUUUGGCGAAUGAAAACAAUGUUAUUGUUCUCCCGCUUAUGAAGAGAUAUCGUCGAGACUUGUGGUGUAGCAAGGCGUUGUAUAAUUCAUAAAGGUAUUAAAAUGAAAUUAUAACUCACCUUAUCCUUCUUUGGUAAAUCUUUAAUUUACCUCAUGUAAACGAGGUAUUUAAGUUUGACCGAAUUUUUCCAAUUCAAGAGGACUGGUUUGUAGAAUUACAGCGAAAGUUUGGAGAAAAGAUGGCGAGCUGCUUUGUUCCGGGUCAGCCCAGGUCUUAAUAAGGUUAUUCUUUGAAGAUGGCUUACCUGCCUUGAAUACUGACUACUGUUUCGCGUUUGCGUGUAAACGCUUCCCAACAUUCGACUUCAGAAGAGUGAAGUGAUUAAUUAAACCUCGGCUCAAAAGCAACUUGAACCCGUUGCCUAGGAAAACAUUUAACUGUGAAAUGUAAAAAAACAGCAUGCACGAUUAAAUUAAUAAAUUAUGUAUUUUGUAAUCAGUUCAAUUUCUUGGGCAAGACUUCCUCACCUGUCAAUACAGCAGCGUUUGAACUUAAAGAUGCC